AUGGAUGGAUAUCUACGGAGUGUCGGAAGCGGUCAGGUGCCGGGUAUUCUCGACUACAUUAAACUGGUCGGCCAGAAUAUGGUUUCGACAAUUAAACGAGGGUCAAUCUCGAGUUUCAAGAGCUUGGCCAGAGCAUUCGUGACCCAGUUUGUAGGGGGACGGUGUCGGAGCCGACCCGUGGCCUAUCUUUUAACCAUUAAACAGAGGACGACAGAGAGUCUGCACGACUAUGUAGCUCGGUUCAACAAGGAGAAGCUGCAGAUAGAAAGCCUUACAGACGUUGUAUCUCUGCUGGCCUUCAUGUCCGGCGUCAGGGAUGAACAUUUGUCGUUUUCGUUCGGAAAGAAAACACCAAGUACCUUCUCGGAGACGCUGAGCCGAGCUCAGAGGUACAUGAGCGCUGGUGAGUUCUUUUACUCAAAAAGGGAGCCAGACGGAAAGCGAACCGACCAAAAGAGGGAGAGGUCGGGAGAUAAACCGCAGGGGUCGAGAUGGGAGAAGAGGGAUCGGAGUAGCCAGAAAGAUCCACCCCGAAAAUUUGAAAAGUAUACCCCGACCACCGUUCCACUCGAGCAAGUGCUGAUGGAGAUCAAAGACCAAAGGUUGCUUAAGUGGCCGGAGAGGAUGAAGGUCCCGUCAACUAAGCGAAGUAAAGGCCGAUAUUGCCUUUUCCACCGGGAUCACAACCAUGCAACUCAAGAUUAUUUUGAUCUCAAGGAAGAGGUAGAAGGACUAAUCCGAAGAGGCUACCUCCAAGAGUAUGUAGAGGAACCUAAAGCGACACAAAACGGCGAAAGCGAGAAAUCUCCCGCCCGAGAGAUUCGAACUAUAAUGGGAGGCCCCAUAGAAAGAGAAUCUGCGAGAAAAAGAAAAGCAGACGUGCGAGAAGCUAGGCCGAGUCGCGAGCAAAAUGAGGUCUACCAUGCGUAUACUACAAACCGGUCGGUGACGAUUGAGUUUUCAGAGGACGAAGCGACUCACCUCCUUCACCCUCAUAACGAUGCACUGGUUAUCACUUUGAAGAUAGCAAAUGUGAAGGUACAUCGAAUCUUGGUGGAUGGGGGCAGCUCGGCGGAUAUCAUCUCCUAG